AUGUUUGCUGAACAGUUCCGUGCUGUCUACCAGGGGCUGGCACUGGCUGGCGACAGAAGCAAAAAGAUAUGCGCAGUCGCGUCGGCAACGACGCAGGGAAGGCUGGCGAACGUUGAGUACUACCGCAAUAGCCCGGUCAUGAGCAUGGAGGAGAAGUAUCAUCCGCUGGUUUUUGACAAUGGCAUCCGGCAGAAAUUUCCAGCUCCGACAAAGGCUGUGAAGCCUAUCCGCUUCAGAGAAAGCAGAGGGAUGCAAGGCGAGUAG